CUUUAUUUAUUAUAUACAAACCCUAAGCGGCGGCAGCGGCGGCUCACCCUGGUUGCUAGAUCUCACCACUAAAAAGCGAGCGGCGGCGGAGAAAAAGUCGAGGCGAGGACGCCCCCUGAGAUAGAGAAGGAAGGGAAACCCUGCAAGUUGAUGGAGCAACAGCUGUGUGAAGUUCUUUCUUGCGGCCCUGCGACCGAGAUUAGGGUUCCGGAUCGCCGUCGCCUUCGCGGGAAGAAGGGGAAACGCAGGAAGGUUACACUGAAGAGUGAGAGGUCAAAUUCGCGAGCCCCCCUCGCAUUGUUGCAUGGCAGUAAUUUUGAUUCUGAUAGUGGUCACGAGGACAAGGAACCUGGAGAUCCCAACAUAAGUGAUGAGGGUGUUGAUGAGAUGGACAGAGGCAAAUCACCCACACAACUAGCCAUGGAGGCCAAGGAGAUGGCCGCAGAGAAGGCGGAUUUCGCUCGCUACAUUAGGAUCUGGAAGUCUAGCUGGGGAUUCGAAGGCUACGGUUCCUUCCGAGACAUGACGACAGUGAGCUCCAUGCACUUCACAAACUUGAUACCUGGCAGUGACCCAUCAGACCGUGGGACAGUCGCGCCUACACUGCAGGUCUUCUCCAUCAAAAUCUCUGAAAUAAAAGGCGGCUUGCGGUGGCCAUUGUCUGUGUAUGGCGUGGUUGCAGCACGCGACGCCGUGGAUCACAACCGCAACCUUCUGUUUGCUCGCGAUAGGAGUGUGUACCAGACAAUCAAAGAAGACGAUCCUUAUUUGCGCUUGACUGGCCCCUCCCGUGCAAUUGUGUUUGGGGAUCCCGUGGACUUUGAAAUCCAACUGAAACUAAGAGGCAGCACAGCGGCUCGAGAUAGAGCAUUGAUCACUAGUACAGAGCGUUACUCCACAGGAAUUGGUCCCAUAUGCUUUGAGAACUGCUUCUGUACAACAGAGUUAAAGUUGGAGGCGAUUGAGAGGUCGGUCCAGGCCACUAUCUUGGGUGUCUGUGACAAAGGGGGGCCGUGGGCUUCCAAAUAUGGAGGUAGAGUUGUUUGCUAUGCGCCAUCACGGUCAGGUGAGAUCAAUGGGGAAGUGGUCUUGUCCGAUUCAUGUAGCGGAGGAAUGAUGCCUACCGGUUUGAGUGGUCACCUUCGUCUGUCAAGGAAUGUUGUUUCUGUAGAAAUGCAAGGCAGUCUACAAGUUAGCUUACAGGCCUACUCAUCUUCUGGUGGGUUCUCUCAACGAAAAGUUGUGUCCUUCAAAGCUAAGUCGUGUCUCAUAAGUCAGGCUAGUGUUACCUUUGGUGGCGCUAAGGUGGAGAUUACAGUUGCUUGGUCCCGUCUUGUUUCAGAGAAGGAGGAUAUCACAACAAAGGGCUGGGUGCAUGGACUUGGAGAUUCAGACAAGGUGUGAUCCAGGAUAUUGUGAGUAGUAGGUGUGAAACGAGAGACCAAUACCAAAAACAGAUCUCUGCUCAUUUUGUCCAUUCGAUUUGGUGAAGUGUGCUUAGUAUUUAUGUAUCAAUUAGCUUUGAAAUAUCUCCAACUUGUUAUCCAACUACUUGUGCAUUAGCGUAUCAUCCAAUUAUUUGUGUACCCAUUGUAAGUAUUAUGUUAUGUUUUGUGAACUAUUGAUGCUUAAGUAAUCAUCAGUCUUAUCUGAUAGUUUGUGUAUAGGUCCUCUUGUUAUUUGUACUUCAUUUGUAAUAUGGCAGUGUGACCUAGU